UAUGUCACCACUAGAUGUCACUAAAACACCUCUGCCCACCUCUCUGUGCACGUGUUGAACAGUGUUUACCUGCAGUUUUCUCUUGACCACAUCCACGUCCUGAGUCCUUCAGGUGCCAUGGUGACUCACCUGAAGAGGAGGAGGGUGGAGUCAGUCGAUAAUGUGGCUGAAGGGCAAGCCACAGAAGAGGAACACAGGACGAGGACAAGGAAAAGUUGCACAUGUGUUUCUGUGGUUUUGAGGGUGGAGCAGAAGGAGGGUGUGGCUCGAAGACCUGCCACAGAGGGGCCAAGUGAACAGGAAGUGGGGUUGGUUUUACAGUUCACCAUUAGAGCGGCUGUCAUUGGUCCAGUGGUCAGCUGGGACCAGGAUCCAAAGAACAGAGCAAUGCUGGAGAACGAGUCAGAGCAGGAGAGAGAGGAGAAGGUGGUCCUGGUGUUUUCAGGUGUGUCCACUAGGUGGUUCCCGCUCCUCCACUCAGGGUGUUUCUACAGACUUGUGGCAGCUAACAACAAGGUACGAACACUGAUU